AUGACCCUGCGAAGCUGGAAUCCCACAACAGUAGUCCAGGGUAUCCUCUGGAUCCUGCUUGGAUUUUUGCUGUGUCCGGAACCAGGGACAGCAUCCCUGCCCCUCCUCAUGGACUCUGUCAUUCAGGCUCUGGCUGAGCUGGAGCAGAAGGUGCCGGUUACCAAGGCCAGCCACACUGUCUCUGUGUGGGAUCUGUCAGCCCAGGACUCUGAUCCCCAUGAUCCCCUCCAUCACUUCCUACUAGAGGGACGAAGUCUCGCAUUCACCAAGUUGGAUCCUUCCACACUGAGUCCAGAGCUGCGAGGCCUGACUAAGGAGGUGGCCCGACACGGUGUGCAGGGCAGGCAGGAAUACGGGGUUGUGCUGGCACCCGAUGGCUCGACGUUGGCUGUGGAGCCUCUUCUGGAAGGGCUGGAAGCUGGGCUGCAGCGGCACAGGAUCAUAAACUUGCCCUUGGGCAUCCCAACCACCCCUCCAGGGGCCGGAGACACCUUUCCAGAUGUUGGGGUGGUGGUUCCUGAUGUAAGAGUCACCUUCCCAGGACUCAGGGAUGCCUCUCCAAAUGUCAGCUCUGCAGAUGUCGAAGCUAUGUCUCCAAAUGUUAGAGUCACAGAUCUCAAUGUAGAAGCCAGCUUUAAAGAUGUCCUAGCCCCCUCCCCAGAUGUCCAAGUUACCUCUCCAGAUGACCAAACCUCCGCUCCAGAUGCGAAAGCAAAGUCCCCAACCACUGUGGACAGCCUCCUGGUGGUCACCUUGGCCAGAAACCUGGGUCUGGCCUUCCUCCAGGGUCCCCAGACCCAGAGCUACCCAGGCCUGGGAGCUGAGGGCUGCUGGGACCAGGUCUCUGUCCCCAGGAACUUCACACUCCUGGACCCUGAGGCAUCACCACUUACCACUGCCUUCCUCAAUGGUGCUCUGGAUGGGAUCCUUCUUGGGGACUACCUGAGUCGAGUCCCUGAGCCCCGGCCACCCCUCAGCCACCUCCUGAGACAGUACUAUGGAGAUGGGGUGGCUGGAGACCCAGGAUUUCGCAGCAACUUCCGCCGGCAAAACGGAGCUGCUCUGACUUCAGCCCCUGAUCUGACCCAGCAGGUGUGGGGCACCCUCAUCCUGCUACAAAGGCUGGAACCAGCACACCCUCAGCUGCAGGGCAUGAGCCAAGAACAGCUGGCACAGGUGGCCACCCGUGCCUCCAAGGAGUUCACUGAAGCCUUCCUGGGGUGCCCGGCCAUCCACCCCCGAUGCCGCUGGGGUGCGGCCCCGUACCGGGGCAGCCCGACGCCGCUGAGGCUGCCGCUCGGUUUCUUGUAUGUGCAUCACACAUACGUGCCGGCGCCUCCCUGCACCACCUUCGCGCGCUGCGCUCACAACAUGCGCUCCAUGCAGCGCUUCCACCAGGGAACGCACGGCUGGGACGACAUCGGCUACAGUUUCGUGGUGGGCUCAGACGGCUACGUGUACGAGGGUCGCGGCUGGCACUGGGUGGGCGCGCAUACACGAGGCCACAAUUCCCGCGGCUUCGGCGUGGCCUUCGUGGGCAACUACACCGCGGAGCUGCCUGCUGAGGCCGCGCUGCGCACGGUGCGCGACGUGCUCCCCAGGUGCGCGAUGCGCGCUGGCCUCCUGCGGCCAGACUACAAGCUGCUCGGCCACCGCCAGGUCGUGCGUACGGACUGCCCGGGCGACGCGCUCUUCCACCAGCUGCGCACCUGGCCGCACUUCGACGAGACUGUAAAGUCAAGAACUGCCAGGAGGGCCUCCAGGAGAUCCAAGAGGAAGCCACCUCCAGUGACCCUGCCAGCCACAGACCUCCAAUAA